UGUGUGUGUGUGUGUGUGUGUGUGUGUGUGUGCGCACUCCUGGCCAUAAAUAGGAGCAUGCUUGCUUAAAGACCUGUUGAUAUUUAGUGAUCUGACUGCUGAAUCUGAGAUCCUAAAAUCUGAAGGAUAUAAAGACUACAUUACAGCUGCACUUGGGGGAAAAAACAACAACUUUAAAUUCCCUUUUAGAUAUAGCUUUCUCGUUCAUUUCUGAAGUUUUCAGAUUAAAACUACAAACAUGGAUAUAAGGAAUGACUUCACAGAUGAUGGUUCUUUCAUGUUCACAUCAGAGUCAGUGGGAGAAGGGCAUCCAGACAAGAUUUGUGACCAGAUCAGCGAUGCUGUCCUUGAUGCACAUUUAAAGCUGGACCCUGAUGCCAAAGUGGCCUGUGAGACCGUCUGUAAGACUGGUAUGGUGCUUCUGUGUGGGGAGAUCACAUCCAAGGCCAGUGUGGACUACCAGAAAGUUGUGAGGGAUACCAUCAAACACAUUGGUUAUGAUGACUCUGAUAAAGGUUUUGACUAUAAGACCUGCAAUGUACUGGUGGCUCUUGAGCAGCAGUCUCCUGAUAUUGCACAGGGUGUAUAUAUCGAUCGGCAUGAAGAGGACAUUGGAGCUGGUGACCAGGGUUUGAUGUUUGGAUAUGCCACUGAUGAGACAGAGGAGUGCAUGCCUCUAACCAUUGUCCUUGCCCACAAACUUAAUGCCAAGAUGGCUGAGAUGCGUCGUGAUGGCACUAUUCCUUGGCUCCGUCCUGAUUCCAAAACACAGGUGACUGUACAUUACAAUCAAGAGAAUGGAGCAAUGAUUCCCUUGCGCGUGCACACUCUGGUGAUUUCGGUCCAACAUGAUGAUUAUAUCACACUAGAGGAGCAGAAGAAGAUUUUAAAGGAGAAAGUUGUUAAGGCUGUAGUGCCAGCAAAGUAUCUUGAUGACAAGACCAUAUACCAUCUACAACCCAGUGGCCGCUUUGUCAUUGGAGGGCCUCAGGGAGAUGCUGGACUCACUGGGAGGAAGAUCAUCGUGGAUACGUAUGGUGGAUGGGGUGCCCAUGGUGGUGGAGCCUUCUCUGGAAAAGACUACACUAAGGUGGACCGAUCUGCAGCUUAUGCUGCCCGCUGGGUGGCCAAGUCUCUGGUCAAAGCAAAACUUUGCAAGAGAGUUCUUGUACAGGUGUCUUAUGCUAUUGGAGUUACCCACCCACUGUCUGUCUCACUCUUUACCUAUGGUUCGUCUGAGAAAACAGAGAAAGAACUGCUUCAUAUUGUCAACAAAAACUUUGACCUUCGGCCUGGUGUUAUUGUUAGGGACCUAAAACUGAAGAGGCCCAUUUACCAGAAGACUGCCUGUUAUGGUCACUUUGGCCGGCCUGAAUUUACUUGGGAGGUUCCCAAAACCCUUGUAUUUUAAACUGAGCACGGCUCGAGAUCCAUGCAUCCAGAAGACAACCAUAAAGACCUCUAACAGAACAAUCCUGCCCUCUCCGAUCACUAUCUCUGUCUUUACUCACCUCACCAUCACCAUAUGAAUGCCAUUAUAUUUAUCUGAAAAAGUGAAUGACAAUUUUCUGCUGCAGUGAAGAAAUCUUAUUUUAGGAGUAGUCCAUGCAAAAUAGGCUAUAUGGCUAAAAGUAUGUGGACACCUAAGUAUCACACCAAGUGUGCUUACCAGAAGAGUCUGGAAUGGGAUGUUCAGUAAGGCUUUACACUAGAUCAAUGGUCUUCAAGGUUAUCAGCAAAUGGCAGGUGUGGGUGCAGGCUUUCAUACCAGCUUUAUGGGAUUCAUGCUUGGAAGACCAAGCUAAACUGUUUAAACAUGUGGAAUCAGGUGUGGCUCCUAAUCGGUUAGAAUAACAGCUUGCAACCACAAAGGCCCUUUGUGGGUAAGACAGAAGAACUCUGCACUAGAUUUUGGAGUGUGACUGUGGGAAUUUGCCCAUUCAGCCACAACAGCAUUAGUGAGGUCAGGCACUGAUGUCAGGUGAGGAGGCCUGUGGCACAGUCAGCGUUCCAAAUCAUCACAAUGGUGGUCAGUGGGGUUGAGGUAAGGGCUCCAAGCAGGCCGCUUGAGUUGUUCUACUGCAGUCUGGCACACUAUGUCUUUAUGGAUUCACUUAGUACACAUGCAGAAUCAGGUUUGGGGACCCGUAAUUCCAGUGAAUGGAAAAUGCUAUAGCGUACAAAGAUAUCAUACACAAUCAGGUGCUUCCAACUUUAGGAGAAGGAACAUAAACUGGUGUGAUGGUCAAGUGUCCACAAACUUUGACCUAUAGUGUAUUUUCCAUAUCUGUAUUCAAUGCAGCAUUUUUGCUAAGACCUGUUUUGUCAUACAAACCUGUAACACUGUUGUAAAGGCCACUGGCUAGAAAUUCCAUAACAACAACUACCUUUGAAACUCACCACAUGGAAAUUUGUCCUGCUCAGGGAAUAAAUGCAAUGCCAGCUGAGCCCA